AUGGAAAUGCAGCUCUCGACGCUUGUCAUACUGUCGUUUCUAAGUACCUACGUCCUGUGUUGGCCCUACGAUGAGUCUCUCGUUGAUUACAACCUAAAUCAGAACAAAAGCGCUCAAGGCCCCAUCGAUUAUUGGGGAGCAUGGCCGGACCAUGAUUAUCAUCCAUCGCCGGACAACUGGCGCUUCCCUGUUUAUACGAUCUUUUUGGACCGCAUAUCUAAUGGCGAUCCGACAAACGACAAUAUCAACGGAACCAAAUUCGAGCAUGUGAUUAACUCUAAUCAGAUGCGACACGGCGGUGACCUGGAAGGCUUGAUAGACACGCUGGACUAUAUUCAGGGGAUGGGAUUCAAGGCAAUUUAUUUCGCCGGGACGUACUUGGAGAACCUACCUUGGGCCUUCGAUGGCUACUCGCCGACUGAUACCACUUUGCUCGACAAACAUUACGGCACACUGGCAGACUGGAGACGGACCGUGACGGAAAUUCACAGCCGGGAUAUGUACGUACUUGUGGACAAUACGGUCGCAACUCUGAGCAACUUGAUCGGGUUCAAGGGCCACCUGAACGGCUCGGCUCCUUUCAAAGCAAGCGAAUACACUGUCCAAUGGGUCACGGACCGACGAUAUGCCGAUUUUUCCUUCAGCAACACCUGGAACAACACAUGCGACUACCCCAAGUUUUGGUGGGAGGAUGGCUUCCCAUUAACCUCUGGGGGAGUCCAAGACCUCGAUGGUUGCUAUAACAGCGACUUCGAUCAAUUCGGAGAACUAGAAGCAUUUGGUAAUUUCCCGGACUGGCAGCGUCAGCUUACGAAGUUUGCUUCAGUGCAGGAUCGCCUGCGCGAAUGGCACAAGCCCGUUCGUGAUAUCAUCACUCGACACUCCUGCUUCCAAAUCGCCAGUCUCGACAUCGACGGGUUCCGCUUCGAUAAGGCUGUUCAGGUAACCCUUGAGCCCCUUAGCGAGAUGAUGGCGGUAUACCGUGAAUGCGCGAAGAUGUACGGAAAGCACAAUUUCUUCCUCCCGGGAGAGAUCACAUCUGGCGAUACGUUUGGCAGUCUCUACCUUGGCCGCGGGCGCCAGCCAAAUCAGCGUCCAAACAAUCCAGCCGAAGGUGCUAAGCUGACCAACACCUCGGAGGGUGCUUUCCUGAGAGAGGACGGGUUGCAAGCAUUGGAUGCCACGGCAUUCCACUAUACAAUCUACCGGUCGAUGACCCGUUUUCUAGGAAUGGACGGUAACCUGGUUGCAGGACAAGACUUGCCGACCGAUUUUAUUGAAGCCUGGAAUGCGAUGCUUGUCACCAAUGACUUCCUCAAUGCAUUCACAGGAGAGUUGGAUCCCCGACAUAUGUAUGGCGUCUCGAACCAAGACAACUUCCGAUGGCCGACAAUCAAGAACGGCACGUCGAAAUACCUUUUGGGAUUGAACGUGAUCACGCUGGUACUUCCGGGGAUUCCCCUUAUCCUCUGGGGUGAAGAGCAGGCCAUGUACGUGUUCGAUGCCACUGCAGCAAACUACCUCUACGGUCGGCAGCCGAUGUCGUCCCAAACCGCAUGGUGGACAAAUGGCUGUUUCAAUGUGGACACCACCAAGUUCUACGAUUUCCCGAUUGAGAAGGGAAGCAAUGGCUGCAACGACAUCACCGUCACCUACGAUCAACGCAAUCCCGCCCAUCCACUCCGCAACCUGAUGAAGCGAAUGUUCGAGAUACGGACUCAUUACCCGGUCGCAAAUGAUGGCUUGUUCGUUCAAACCAUCUCUCAACUCACAGAAGACAUCUAUCUUCCUGGUUCAUCUACUACUCCCACGGUCACCGGGCUUUGGUCGGUGUUGCGAGGCUACUUCCCGGAGGUCCAGGUCGAUACAAUCUGGCCCAAUCAAACAAUAUGGCUCGUCUAUCAAAAUGGAAACCAGACAAAGACGUUUGGUGGAAGCUGCAGUAACAGCUCUGCUGCCUUGCUGGCGCCCUUUGCAUCGGGUACCAAGUUGAAGAACCUCUUCUAUCCAUACCACGAACUUACCGUGAACGAUGGUCCACCAGACAGCAACUAUUCAUGUGUCAACGGCGGCAUGGAGCUGAACGCAUGGGAAUAUCGGGCCUACGUACCGGUUGACAUCUUCAUGGAGCCUGGUCCUACUGUGACCGAGUUUGUCCCUGGUCAUGAUGCUCGGUUGCUGUCUGCAGAAGACACGGGUGAAACCAUCCCCAUUCAGCUUGGGUAUUCCACAGCAAUGGACUGCGACAUUAUUACCAACGCGAUUAGCCUGAAUGCUACCACGCAGAAAGGAACCGUCGCCACUCUUGAUACUUCCAGUGUGAGUUGCACCAAUGUCACUGCCAGGACGACCAGCAACAACUUUAUCGGAGAGGUCCCGACCGUUUGGACAUGGUCUGCAAACCUGACCAAUGUCUAUCACGGAAUCCACCAGCUCACUGUUGCCAACAUUUCCACGUCUAACCGAUCUGGAGUUUACACCAAUGCGACAGACAGCUUUUUGCUUCGCGUCGGUGUUCCUACCAAUCCCCUGAUCACCCCACUGGCCAAUUACUCCACCAGCCUAGUGCACAAAUCCGGAGACGGGUUCUACGUCCAACACAACGCUGCAGGCGCUGACAAGUUCCGGUAUUCAGCUGAUUUCGGGAGCACCUGGUCAAGCUGGGAGAUGUACGAGGGAGGCAACACGAGUGUUACCAUUCCGAAUUUCACCGGAACAUCCAUGCAAGCCUGGAAAGGAACCCAUAUCCGCGUGCAGUACUUUUCCAGGCUCACUGGGAGCAGCGAUUACAUCCAAGAAGGAGAUUAUAACUGGGAUGAAGGUUCGGUCCGAAGGUUCCCUCACUUGUGGUUCAACGGCCCAUUCAACCAGUACGGUUACGAUGCAGGCCUCGACAACAUAAUGCAAUUCGACUCCAAGACCUUGCGCUGGAACUACGAUUUUGUCUACGAAUGGCCGACCGUAGGACAGAUAAAUGCCUGGGGUAUAGACCCGUCGGGUGUGCCUGACAACUCGGAGGUCUACGGCGACGUGGGCAACUCAUCCACGAUAUUGAAGCUUCCUCCAUCCUACCUCUCGUCCAACGUGAUCAACAUCACGGAUUUGCCACCAUUCCCACAUCUCGGCUGGAGGCUAUCCCUCAAUGAUGGCAAUCUCCGGUAUGAAAAGGUUCCCAUCGGAUCUGGAUGGGCCCAGCUCACCCUCUUCAUUCUUCUGUGCAUUUGCCCUAUCAUCAUGGGUCUGGUAGGAGUGUUCAUCUUUAUCCAAUCGUUCUAUCAAGUAAAGCUUAACAAAGACGGCAAUGUUCUCAAGGUUGAGACGUUGCCUCUCUUGUUCUGGCGCAAAGUCAAAGUCCAGUUUACCAGGAAGACUGGCGCGGAAAACACGAUCUCUGAAAAGGUUGUGCCGACAGGCAUUGCCGUGGGAGAGGUGGUCAGCCAACGACGAACGAUUUUGAUUGCCACGAUGGAGUAUGACAUCGCAGACUGGAAACUCAAAGUCAAGAUUGGUGGUCUGGGAGUCAUGGCUCAGCUCAUGUCCCUGAACCUGAAGCACCAGAAUCUUAUCUGGGUGGUUCCGUGUGUUGGUGAUAUCGAUUAUCCCGUGGAUACACCGAUUGAACCCUACGUCGUGACGAUUCUUGACAGGCUUUAUUUGGUGAAGGUGCAGUACCACAUCGUUGAGAACAUCACCUACGUCCUGCUCGACGCCCCCGUCUUCAGGCAGCAGACUAAGGCGGAGCCUUACCCACCCCGUAUGGACGACCUUGACAGCGCAAUCUACUAUUCAGCUUGGAAUCAGUGCAUCGCAGAAACAAUCAAGCGAACGCCCUCCAUCGAUUUCUACCACAUCAAUGAUUUUCACGGAUGUGUUGCACCGCUGUAUCUGCUACCGACGCGAACCAUUCCGGUUUGCCUAUCCUUGCACAAUGCCGAAUUCCAAGGUCUUUGGCCACUGAGAACACAAAAAGAGAAGAUAGAAGUGUGCUCUGUCUUCAAUCUUCCAGUUGACAUAGCGACCAAAUAUUGUCAAUUUGGAAAUGUGUUCAACCUGCUCCAUACCGGUGCUAGCUAUUUACGAUUCCAUCAGCGCGGUUUCGGCGCAGUGGGUGUUUCACAGAAGUACGGAAAGCGCUCAUUUGCACGAUAUCCAAUUUUCUGGAGUCUUAGCAACAUCGGUAGCCUUCCAAAUCCAGACCCCUCUGAUACAGGCUCCGUGGAGAAUGGCGCACAGGUGCAGGUCACAAUUCAAUCUGACGCCGAGCUCAUUCAUGACAAGCUCCAGGCACAGAAAUGGGCCGGUCUGAACGAGGACCCCAAUGCCGACUUGCUCGUGUUCGUCGGAAGAUGGUCAAAGCAGAAGGGAGUUGACUUGAUUGCAGAUGUCAUGCCUGCAAUUCUUUCUGCCAGACCUCUCGUGCAAUUGAUUGUGAUCGGUCCCCUUGUUGAUCUGUACGGCAAGCUGGCUGCGAUCAAGCUCGAGCGCAUCAUGGAAAUGUAUCCAGGUCGCGUGUUCUCGAGGCCAGAGUUCACGAUUCUUCCACCUUAUGUGUUUUCUGGUGCCGACUUUGCCUUGAUCCCAUCUCGAGAUGAGCCAUUCGGAUUGGUUGCCGUUGAAUUUGGUCGGAAGGGUGCUCUUGGAAUUGGUUCUCGCAUUGGAGGUCUUGGGCAAAUGCCGGGUUGGUGGUAUACUGUGGAAUCCGACUCGGCUCGCCAUCUCUUGCAUCAGUUGAAGACCGCCAUUGAGUCCGCUUUGGACUCAUCCCCGGAGACCAGAGAGGAGAUGCGUGCAAACUCCGCCAAACAGCGAUUCCCCGUCCUUGAAUGGGUUCAAAGGCUCGAAAAGUUGCAGCAAACUGCAAUCCACAUCCAUAACAGCAAGAACAGGGACACUGUUAUUGGGCACACCCGAGAGUCUCAGGUGAAUUGGGAUAUGCAUGGUCUACCACCUUCAAGAUCCCGCCCGGCAUUCCGUCAGUCUACGGUGGGUGCCUUGGGAACUACACCAGCGAAAAAUUCGCAGCCCGCUCAGCCUUCCCUUCUGGAACUACAAGCAGCGGAGCUUGAAGGCAAGCAAGAGCCUGAGAGCGCCAGAUACAACAUGAUGGGCCGCAAGCUGUCUCUCGGUCGACGACUCGGACCUGGACAGGGCAGGAAACGUCUCAUAAAGAAGGCACUGCGUGAGAGUCAGCUGUUCGAAGGUGAUACCACGGACGUUGACGAAGAUGGCACUGGGACGCCACAGGAGCAACUGGAGCAAGAUAUCUCUCCCGAAGAGGCAAUGGCGGCCAUCAAUCGUCCUCUCACAUCCCAGUAUCUCGACUCGUCUUCUAGUGAUAACCGACACUCUCAUGGCGAGUCUAACAAAUCGACCUCCAACUCAUCAGUCUCUCGUGACACUUCUCCAUUCAGAGCCCCCGUUCCUGCUGACGAUUUCCUUUCUGGUAACACUGCACCUGUUGCCAACACCCGCACCCUAUCCACUCUCUCCAUGGUAUCUGUUUUUGAGGAUCACGAUAAACCUGUCUUCAAUCUGCAGAAGGUCGACCCUACCUUCACUGACAGCAUGGGUUACUUCACGCGCAACUUUGAAAGGCUCCUCACCAACCUCAACAAGAAGAACUCGAUCACAGAUCACUGUAUUGAAGUCUAUUUGACGAAGAGUGAGCGGAAAUUCUUCGACAUGUACACCGACGCGCAGUUAAAAAAGCAGCCCAAGAGGGGGGUGCGUCCCUUGACUGAAACUGGUUUGAAUCAUGCCGUUGAGGACACGGAGGAUGAGUACAUCUCACCUACUCCUGAACAAUCGGAAUCAAACGGAGCAGAUGACAUGGAUCAAUGGCUCUCUCGUCUUGGAUACAAAAGACCCAUCGCCAUCCAGAGAUUCAUGAGAUGGCGCGUCGGUAAUUGGCCCGUCUACGCUCUAUUCCUGGGUCUCGGACAGAUCAUCGCGACAAACUCGGCACAAAUCACCCUUUUGGUUGGCGAAAUCGGUGAGAAUGCGGUCAAGCUCUACAUUAUUGCGGCAGUCUACUGCUUGUCAUCCAUCGUUUGGUGGUUCCUGUUCUACCGUUUCCCGUCCGUGAUUGUCCUCUCUCUUCCCUGGUUCAUCUACUGCAUUGCAUUCGUCAUAGUGGGUAUCUCACCACUCGGACUCUCGGCUGUUGGUCGGGCAUGGGCUCAGGACAUUGCCGCAGGCGCCUAUGCCACCGCAUCUUCCAGCGGCUCAUUGUUCUUUGCCCUCAACUUUGGUGAUCAGGGUGCUGUGCCAGUCAAGGACUGGAUGUUCCGCGCAAGUCUGAUCCAGGGCAUGCAACAGCUCUACACGGUAGCCCUGUGGUUUUGGAGCUCCAAAGUCACUGCGGUGGAAGUUCGCGGUAUUACAACAGCUGCCUUGAGCUCAUGGAGACUGACAGCUGUCGUAAUGCCCAUUGCUGCAGUAUGUUUCAUCAUCGGCGUGCUCCUUGCUCUAGGUUUGCCGAAGUACUAUCGUCAAGCCCCCGGAAAGAUCCUCUUCUUUUACACCUCUCUCUUCCGUCGGCGCAUUGUUCUCUGGUUCUUCUUCAUGGUCAUUAUUCAGAACUGGUUCCUUUCCGCCGUCUUCGGUCGCAAUUGGACAUUCCUUUGGUCUUCCAUACACGCAAAAACAUGGGAAGUCCUCAUUUUGGUCCUCUUCUUCUUUGUCGUUGUCUGGAUCGGUGCGCUGCUCGUUUUCCGCGUCUUAUCCAAGGAGCACAGCUGGAUCUUACCUGUCUUCGGACUCAGUCUCGGUGCACCACGCUGGGCGCAAUCCUGGUGGGGAACUUCUAAUAUUGGCUACUAUCUCCCAUGGGCCGGUGGUUUGACUUCCGGAGCCCUCAUAUCGCGCGGUCUCUGGCUAUGGUUGGGUGUUCUCGAUGAAAUUCAACAAGUCGGUCUCGGAAUGAUUCUCUUGCAGACACUGACGAGAGUUCACGUCUGCUUCGUCCUGUUAGCCGCGCAGUCUCUUGGAUCGAUUGCCACCAUUUGCGCUCGUGCGUUUGCUCCCAACAAUAUCGGCCCAGCUGGCAUUUCUCCGAAUGUUGGCUCGUCGGUGGAUAAGGUUUUUAAUGCAUGGUUCUGGAUUGCACUUUUCUUCCAGCUUCUGGCUAGUUUUGGUUUCCUUCUCUUCUAUCGCCGAGAACAGCUAAACAGACCGUGA